AUGUCAAUGUCCUGCUCCCCGGUCAUCCCGAGCUCCGUGCUGGCAUUUUUCGCGGGCUCCGGUGGCGUGAACAUUCUCGCGUCUCCUCUGUUCCUGCAAAAGCACACCGGUCGGUCCCGGGUGGUUCUCCCGACCCACGAUAUCUACCACGCGGGAAAAGACAAGGAGGGGAACGCGGUGUACACGGUGUACCGAAUUUUGGCCAAGGAGUACAAGCAUAAUACCAUCCAGGGCAUGCUGUGUGUGUCACUCGUUUCUGGGUACGGAGUGAAGGACGACUCCGUGCGCGGCAGCAGCAACUCGGUCUUCAUGCGUCCGAACGAUCUGAAGAAGUUGAUGACGGAGGGCACAACUUCGAUCAAGCGGAACUCGGUGGUGGUGUUUCAAACGGGGAUGGUGGUGCGUUUGGAGGACAUAGAGAUAUUCUGUGACCUCCCUCUCAUCAACAAAAGAGACCUGAUUGAGAAACAGAGCGUUGGUGCCGUAUGCAAGCGCGACAUGUACAAGGCGACGAGAGGCGAGGACAACUGGGCGCACGUCAAGGCAGGUGCGCUCAUCAAGGACAUGGAGUCGUCGGUCCACCAACUUCUUCUACCUUACUACCGACGCUACAGGGACAACAGCAACGACUCGCAGCACUUCUUCAGGGCCUUCAUGGAGGACAUGAUACGGACAUGUGACGCCCACCACAAGAAUUUUAUUGAGGGUGAACACUUCGACGACUUGUUGACGGGUAUCGUCGAGCGCAACAAGAAGAGGUCGUGUCCGUCUCUGCAGACGGAGACACGCCCCAGGAAGAAGUGGGGUGGUAAGUUAGAUGCAGCUGGAAGUGGGCCCGAAACUCCUGUUUCGCCAACGGUCUCUGGUGUCACCAAGACGAAGAGGGACCUCGUGAAGGAUGCGUUGAAGAACGUCUCUCGCGAGAAAAUUGCGUCGAUCAUUUUUUAA